ACCUACCAUUACGUCAUUCGCCUGCGACUUAAGCCAUUUCACGCACUCACACGUUUCCAGUGUGUUUGCUACAGUCUAUGGUUUGCUGUCAAAUCUUUUCGUGAACUAGAAGAAGUGAACCCGGGCAGUUUCAAGAAUGGCCUCUAAACGACUGUCGGAGGAGUGUAGUAAAACUGAGAAGAAGAAGAAAAAGAAGACUUGCAUGGAAACAGCUGAACUUUGUGCAGGUUUAGAAGAAGAGCAAGUGAAGAGGUCCAUGAAGGAGGCGUGGAGCCAGAGGAAUCACUACAGCCAGGGGGAUCUGGAGCUGGACUGCCAUCCUUUCCCUCACUGCAUCAUCAGGAAUUUCCUCAGCAGCGAGGCCUUCGUAGAGAAUCUGCAGAAGGAACUCCUGGGACUGAGUUUCCACGAGAAGUCAAACGAUCUGUACAAGUUUAAACAGUCAGAUGACUUGAGGAAGAGAACGGAGCCACAUAUUGCAGGACUGAGGACAGCGCUGUUCGGGCCUUUCCGCUCCUGGCUUGGGGAAGUGUUAGGAGUUGAACUGGAGCCCACGGUGGACAUCUCCUGUGCUAAAUAUGAACACACAGAUGUUCUUUUGUGUCAUGAUGAUGAAUUGGAGGGGAGGCGUGUGGCUUUCAUCCUGUAUCUCGUGCCUCAGUGGCAGAGCAGUGAUGGAGGAACCCUGGAUCUUUACACAACAGACAGUAAUUUACAACCCCAGAGCAUCUUAAAGUCUCUGGUACCCUCUUUGAACACAUUCAUCCUCUUUGAAGUUUCUCCAGUCUCCUUUCACCAGGUGUCAGAAGUUUUAUCACAAGACAAGUGUCGUCUCUCCCUGAGCGGCUGGUUUCACGGGCCGUGUUUGGAUCGUCCCCCUCGCCACAUAGAGCCCCCUGUCCCACGAAACCCUCAUCUACCAAGAGAUGAGACGUUGCUGUUUGAGUGGAUCAAUCCGACCUACCUGGAUAUAUCCUACCAGGAGCAGGUUCAGGAGGAGUUUGAGGACAGUUCUGAAAUCCAGCUCAAAGAUUUUCUCAAGGAGGAGAAGUUCAGGGAGGUGAGUGAAGCUCUGAGACUCUCCCAGAUUCAGUGGACGAAGAGAGGUCCGCCCAAUAAGAGAUGCUAUGACUCGGCCUCUCUGGAUUCUCUGCCGCAGUGUGUGAGUGCAUGCUGGGAGCUGCUUCAUUCAGAGGCUUUCUUUCUGCUUCUCUCCAACUUCACCGGCCUGCGUCUGCACUACCUGUGUCCUGCUGAUGAUGAAGAUGAUGAUAAGGAAAAAGAAGGUGGAAAUCAAGGGAAGGAGAAAGACGACAAACAGAAUGCGGAAGCAACAGGGUCUUCAACUGACGCAUCAGCAAACACAAGCAGGGAGAAAGAGCUGAGCACACCUGUGUGUUCUGGUGAGCUGCGUCGAUGGUCUCAUGGUAGCUACACUCUGCUGCACGAUGGAGAGGCAGCACGAGCAGAAUACGCUCUAGACCUUAUUUUGCCUUUUGGCUGUGCAGACUGGCAGUCAGAGUUUGGGGGCUACACGUGUUAUGUUGCUAAUGAAGAGGAUGAGGAGCUUCUGACAAUGUACCCAGAGGACAACUCCCUUGCUCUCGUCUACAGAGAUAAAGAAACUCUCAAAUUUGUCAAACAUGCCAACCAAAAAAGCUCUUGUGAGCCUACCUGCAGAGAAUUCUAUGACUUCUCUUUUGUGUACUAUGAAUAAAUAUGUUUAUCUAUC